UCUGGGGAACAACCCAUUCACCCAUCCAUCUGCAGGCUGUCGCUCGCUCGUUUCGUUCGUGUCCCGCCAGCCCAACUCUUGUCGAGACAUCGUCCUCCUACCUAUCUGUCGCCGGGGAUUGUUGCCGUCUCUCUUUCAUGGACUCAGAAACCCCGUCUUCCACAUAUCCCGAAAGCCGCAGGCACUUGGACAAAUGGGCAAUCAACCGUCCCGCUCUCAUCCGUCCACCCCCACCAACAGCAGCAGCCCGCAGUCACCGGCCAACGUGACAUCGUCGGGACCAAGCAAUAGCAGCAGCAUCAGCAGCCAUCAUGACCACCGCCCGUUCGCCCAUCCCAACCCGCGCCGCCGUGAGUCGAUACAGGCCCUGAGCUCCAAAGCCAGUGCGGCCCCACCGUCGGCUUCUCUCGAGAGCGCAUCAUCACUGCGUCCGCGCAGCCGCGCUCGCUCCCAUACUACAUCCAGCACCACCGCCGUCGUCGCACACCACCUGCGCGCUGCCGCCCACGAUUCCCUCAAGUCGCCCUCCUUUGAAGACAAAAUGGGCAACGAGCAGAGCCGCCAAAAGGCACACCCCUCGACCGCCGACAAAUCCCACGCCCACCCUCAGUCGUCGCAGCCACACCCCACCUCCCUCACCCCGCCGAAGCCAAAGCCGGCCGAAGAGAGAGACAUUCGUGCCCCGUCCCCCCAGACUCGGCCUGUCGACGUACCUGCAGCUCCCCGUGAAGAAGUCACUGCCAGCCGCACCGAUGCUGCAUCUUCGCUGGAACCCGCCGACGCCUCGCAGGAAGGUUUCAUUGUGCCUUCGUCCCACUACAGUCGCCCUCCCCGCCUGCCACUGCCAAUUGAAGAGGAGACGCACACGCCAGGCUCUCCCAUCAUCGCUCCUAUAGAUCUCACGAGCCCCAUCGAUCAUGGCGAGAUUGAAGGCGCCCUUCCACGUCGUUCUUCCAUGCUCAGCAGUACCACCAUCGAUGAUGAUGAGCCGCUUGACGAAUUCAGAGGCUCCCAGGGCAAGGAAACCGUGCCCACCAUCAUCGAAUGGGAAGGCCCCGGCGAGCGCGUCUACGUCACGGGCACAUUUGCAGGCUGGGAUCGCAAGUACAGGCUGCAUGCAGAUGGCCCGAGCAAAAAGAAAAAUGCUUUAUCCGCCCACGUCCAUAUCACGCCCGGCACCCACCAUCUCAUGUUCAUCGUUGACAACGAUAUGCGAACGUCCGACAAACUCCCAACCGCCGUAGAUUACACCAACAUCCUCGUCAACUACAUCGAAGUCGUGCGGGAGGAUGUGAAAACUCGGGAAGCGGAAGAUGCGUCAGAAAAGAAGACUGAGCCCAUUCCCGCCCAACAGCCGCGCCCUUCCGACGGCUACCGCCCGUCUCAGGUGGCACAAUCAACGCCCACCGAUGUCCCGCCGCAGCAAGCACCUCUCCCAGAACCCAAGCCAAAAGUGCUGCCUCCAUCGCCCAAAAAGUACCACUCGGAGAUUCCGCGCUAUUUGAUCGACCUCGAUGCCGCUGAAGAAUCGCGGAAAUUUGCACGGGCUAAUGCGGCCGCUGGCGUGCUGCCCAAUCCGCCAUCCCUUCCCAUGUUUCUCAACAAGAGCAUCUUGAAUGGUGUCACGCCCAUGAAGGACGACAGCAGUGUUUUGAUCAUGCCGAAUCACACGGUCUUGAACCAUUUGGCGACGAGCAGUAUCAAGGAUAACAUUCUUGCUACCAGCGCGACCACACGGUACAAACAAAAGUUUCUCACAACCAUCAUGUAUAAACCACGAGCUGAGGACAUCGGCGCAUGA